AUGACUUCGGUGGAAGAGCUUCUUCUGCAACCUACUAGCAGAAGCAUAUUGCUUGGUGCUGUGGUGAUGCUUCUGACACUUGUUUAUUUUUGCUCCUCUCAUUCUAGAUGUCAGCAAACAUGGAAGGAACCCCCAGGACCCAAGCCACUGCCUAUCCUGGGAAACUUACUACUUAUUGACCUCAAGAGACCCUAUUUAAGUCUCUUCUCUAUGUCAAAACAAUAUGGAUCCAUAUUCACUGUGUAUUUUGGUCCAAAGAAAGUGGUUGUUUUGGCAGGAUAUAAAACUGUCAAGCAAGCUCUGGUGAAUCAUGCAGAGGAAUUUGAGGACAGAGAUAUCAGUCCUAUAUUCGCUGACUUUAACAAAGGAUAUGGAAUUCUGUUUUCCAAUGGCAACAACUGGAAAGAGAUGAGGCGCUUUUCUCUCUCCACCCUUCGAGACUUUGGGAUGGGCAAGAGAGGCAGUGAAGGGAAAAUCAUAGAAGAGACACAUUAUUUGAGAGAAGUGUUUGAGCAAUUUAAAGGAAACCCAUUUGAUACCAAACAGCCAUUGAAUUAUGCCAUUUCUAAUAUCAUCUCAGCCAUUGUGUAUGGAAGCAGGUUUGAAUACAGUGAUCCUCUGUUCAAAGACAUGGUUGUCUGGAGUAAUGAGAAUGUCAGGCUAAUUGGCUCAGCAUCUAUACAGGUGUACAACAUGUUUCCUUGGCUUCGUUCUUGGGUAAGGAACAGGAAACUCAUCAUGAUAAACCGUGAGAACUCUAUCAAAGGAAUAAACAGACUAGUGGAGCAUCUGCAGGAGACACUGAACCCUCAGGACUGCAGAGGCCUGAUUGACUGCUUUCUUGUACACAAACAGAAAGCAAAGGAAUCUGGAGAGAAGAGCACUUUGUUCCAUGAACAGAACCUAGUUUAUACAGUAGCCAACCUCUUUGGUGCUGGUACAGACACAACUGCUGCAACUCUGCGCUGGAGCCUUCUGCUAAUGGCCAAGUACCCUCAUGUACAGGAUCGAGUUCAGGAGGAAAUUGACAGGGUGGUUGGAGGUCGUCAGCCAGUGAUGGAGGACAGGAAGAACUUGCCUUACACUCAUGCAGUAAUGCAUGAAAUCCAGAGACUGGCCAACAUAGCACCCAUGAGCGUACCCCACACCACCACUUGUGAUGUUCACUUUCAGGGCUUCUUUAUCAAGAAGGGAACAUCUGUGGUUCCUCUUUUGACAUCUGUACUGAGGGAUGAGAAUGAAUGGGAGACCCCGAACACCUUCAACCCAGCACACUUCCUUGACAAACAGGGACGUUUUGUUAAGAGAGAUGCUUUCAUGCCAUUUUCUGCAGGACGUAGGGUAUGUUUGGGAGAGAGUCUGGCCAGGAUGGAGUUCUUCCUGUUUUUCACCUCCCUUCUGCAACAUUUUCGCUUCACUCCUCCACCAGGCGUGUCUGAGGAUCAGCUGGACCUCACUCCAGCUGUGGGCUUCAUACUGAGCCCCUCCCCCCACAAGCUGUGUGCAGUUAGCCGCAGUGUUUAA